UCAAAUGGAAAUCGUAUCCAACGGCAAUAUCUUAUAUCGAUACUAAACCACGCGAUUCCUAACCAUGAUACCAACGCCGGAUGUUAAUAGAUAUUGUCGAACUUCCUGUCUUUUCAACCGGUCUUUCGGAAGAAAGGAUUGUUCGAGAUAUCUGUAAAACAAAUAUGGCUGAAGAUAGUGUUAUUCUCGAUUAUGAUGAUGAAGAGAAUGAACCCACUGUUGAUGCAGCUGGUGGAGAUGGACCAGUUAAAAAAGAUGUAAAAGGAACAUACGUGUCGAUUCACAGUUCUGGUUUCAGAGAUUUUCUUCUCAAGCCAGAGCUUCUUAGAGCUAUUGUGGAUUGUGGAUUUGAACAUCCAUCAGAAGUUCAACAUGAAUGCAUCCCUCAGGCCAUAUUAUCUAUGGAUGUUUUGUGUCAGGCCAAGUCUGGCAUGGGAAAAACAGCUGUCUUUGUUUUGGCAACUCUUCAACAACUAGAGCCUGUUGAUGGACAAGUUUCUGUAUUGGUGCUUGCACACACAAGGGAACUUGCUUUUCAAAUUAGCAAAGAGUAUGAAAGAUUCAGCAAAUAUAACAACAAUGUUAAAAUUGCUGUGUUUUUUGGAGGGAUGAACAUUAAAAAGGAUGAAGAGGUUUUAAAGAAAAAUUGCCCUCACAUUGUUGUUGGUACACCUGGACGCAUUCUGGCACUCGCCCGCUCCAAGGUUCUUUCAUUAAAAAAUAUCAAGCAUUUCAUUCUUGAUGAGUGUGACAAAAUGUUGGCAGAAUUAGACAUGCGCAGAGAUGUUCAAGAAAUUUUUCGCAUGACUCCACAUGAGAAGCAAGUGAUGAUGUUCAGUGCCACUUUAAGCAAGGAAAUACGCCCAGUUUGCAAGAAGUUCAUGCAAGAUCCUAUGGAAGUGUAUGUGGAUGAUGAUUCUAAACUUACCUUACAUGGCUUACAACAGCAUUAUGCCAAAUUGAAGGAUAAUGAAAAGAAUAGGAAACUUUUUGAACUCCUAGAUGUCUUGGAGUUCAAUCAGGUCAUCAUAUUUGUGAAGAGCAUCCAGCGUUGUAUGGCUUUGGCACAGCUAUUACAGGAACAGAACUUUCCAGCUAUUGCUAUUCACAGAGCAAUGACUCAAGAAGAGAGGCUGUCUCGUUACCAAUCUUUUAAAGAUUUCCAAAAGCGUAUAUUAGUGGCUACAGAUCUGUUUGGCAGAGGAAUGGAUAUUGAAAGAGUUAACAUAGUGUUCAACUAUGACAUGCCCGAAAACUCAGACACUUACUUACACAGGGUGGCAAGAGCAGGACGGUUUGGAACUAAAGGCCUGGCUAUUACAUUUGUGUCAGAUGAAAAUGAUGCAAAAAUUUUGAAUGAGGUUCAGGAAAGAUUUGAAGUGAAUAUAACAGAAUUACCAGAUGAAAUUGAUAUUUCUUCUUACAUUGAAGGUCGUUAAUUAUCCUGAAUGAUGACAGACUGAUCAGUUGUUUUUUUAACUUGUAAAUAUUUGUCAUGUUAAUUAUGUGUCAUAUUUUAAUCAUCUUAAUAAUUCAUUCAUUAUUAAUGUACAAUUUGAAUAAAAAAUAUUGAAAAAAUUUUUUAU